GGUUCCAGGAAAAAUCAUCAGCUGUCUUCCCGCUCUUCUGCAGUGUCCUAACUCAGAUCUCAGAGACCCGGGCUAUAAAAGCCAGGGGGAAUCUGGGCAAAGCUUCACAUCACUCUCCAGGGAGCUGCAGCCAUGAAGAUCCAGGCUCUUUCUGCUCUCCUUUUCCUCCUGAUCGCCACAAAUGAAGCCAAAGUUUGGGACAAAUGUGAACUGGGCAGGGAGAUGAAAAGCAAAGGCAUGGAUGGGUUCCAGGGCUACUCACUGGCGAACUGGAUCUGCAUGGCCUAUCACGAGAGCAAAUACGAUACCAGUGUUGUGGGCCCCGCAAAUACAGAUGGCAGCCUAGACUUUGGGAUUUUUCAGAUAAACAGCAGAUACUGGUGCCAACAUGGAAAGCUUCCAUCGGCGAACGGGUGCAACAAACCCUGCAGCAGUUUCCUAAAUGAUGACAUCAGCGAUGACAUUGAGUGUGCUAAGAGAAUCGUCCAGGACCCCCAAAAGAUGGAUGCCUGGGUUGCAUGGGUGAAAAACUGCAAAGGAAAAGACCUCUCCGAAUGGACUCAGGGUUGCAGCAAUCUGUGAUUCCCACGAAGGCCUGAGCUCCAGCCCUUCUCUUUGUGCUUUGCUGUUUGAAAGAGGACCUCGCUGCUCUUAACAUUCGUCCGUUUCUAGCUGAACGUGUUCUUGCUGAAUGUGCAUUUGCACCCCUGUUAGGUGGGGAGGAUGCCUGUUUUUGCACAUGAAAGAGUCGUUUGAAAAGUGUCUGUGCAGGGGGGGGGGGAGGGGAGAGCAGAUUUUUGCUUUGGAUGAAGGGUUUCUCUGCUGCAAAACCUUCAAUAAAAUGAGUGCAACCACCUCCAA